AGUCCGCAGCGUCAUUCAGCCAUCGGCAACCGCGAUGUAUAGAUGUAAUCUUAACUUUUUACCGGUUUAAUAAUCAAUUAAUUAAAAAUUAACGUUAAUAUUUGUAAUUUGCAUUAAUUAGUGUGGUUAAGUGUUGUGUUAAAGGUAUUAUUAUUGAUAUUAAGGUUAAAAUAGUGCUCUAAAAAACGUUCCUAUGAGCGACAAGGUGCAUCAGUUCGGUUUACACCAUUUAGAUGAGAUACUUGCGCAUUUCUGCUAUUGCAAGAGAUAGGUAGCGCCGUUGAAGAUAAGUUUUUAAAUAAAUUACAAAAGGAAAGAAAUAAUUAGUGUGUUUAAUUUAUUAAUUUAUUAUUUGUCAAGUUUUUUUUUUUUUUUCGUUUAAAAAACUGAGACAAUGAUUAUAGCUGUUAAUUAUCGAUUAGGUGACAUAAACAAUCAAGUGCUAAGCUCUAAGGUCUAUUGUCUAACUCCAAAUCAAGAAGUAUUAUUUUAAUAAUAAUAAUAAUAAAUUGGUUAAAAAAAAGUAAUUGUGUAAACAAUGCGCAUUUUUUAAAAAUUAUUUUGUGCAACGUGGCAUUUAACAAGGUGAAAAUUUUAAAGUUUAUUUUAUGCCAAACAAAAAAGUAUUUAUGUGUAUAUAUAUAUAUAUAUAUAUGUACAAACAUAUACAUAUAUAUUGAAAAGUGUAAGUGACUCAAAACAGUGAAUUGACUUGACGGCGAUUGAAAAAAAGAUAUUUGGGUAAAAAUGGGUUCCUGUGGCGCCGGUAUUCAUAAUGACUCACGAACGAACAACUAACUAAAUUGGUAUGGAGAAGGAGAACUCUGCAUCGGGCGGAGGCGGAGGUGGAGAUACUACUGCAACUGCAACGACAGGUACAGGAACUAAUUCUGUGUCUGAUAAGCUGCAUGCAGAUCAGGCGAAUCCACUUCUAGAUCCUAGUGCCCUUUUUGGCGGUUAUUGGCCACGAAGUGACAAUACAACACCUUCAUUAUUCGGAGGGAUGUCGGGAGGUUACGGACUUGGAGCACAUCAUUUGCCAUCAGCAUACGCAUUAUUAGGACGAGGUGGUGGAGCGCCGGGAUUUGGAGGUCAUUCAGCGACUUCAGCUCCACCACCUCCACCUCCGUACUCGCACGCCGCAGGUCUAGGUACUUUGGGUGUUGCUGCCAGCCAAGCUGCGAGUUUAGGUAUUAAUCCUGCGAGCGCUGCAUGGUGGACAAUGGCAUCGCAUUUAGCUGCUCAGGAUUAUUUAGCAAGGUUACAAGGCGCAGCUGGGCUGUCUAGUUUUCCACCAAGCGCUGAAAGUCUCUUACCACCUUACCCUUCAUUACUUAAUUCGUCGCCCUUAUCAUCACACAAAUCGAGUAAAUCUAAGUCAAGCAAGAGUCAUAAACCGGCUACGAGCAGCAGCAGCAGUAGUAGUAGUAAUAUUAAUAAUACUAGUAAUUCGACCACUCCAAGUCAUACAAGUUGCUCAUCAAUAACACAGGCAACUUUUACAACUCAUACUAGUAAUAGUACUCCAUCAACUAGUAAUACACCGACGACUCAAACAAAUGUUGUUAGUAAUUCACCCUCAAAGGAAGGAAGCUCUGAUUUUAGUGACCCCAAUAGUAUAUUGGGAGGAGUUAGACUCCCACCCGAUACAGAAAUAAUAAAAUACACAUCGAGCAUCGUAGGGCCAAAAAUUCCUGGAACAACGAAUCGUGGAAGGAAGAAAACAAUAUCUUUAGAUACUCCAAGUGUCAGCGUUCAUCCUCCAUCAGUACAAGCACAUGGUAAUCAGCAAACCAAUACGACUUCAUCGUUAAUAAUGGAACCUCGAAAAUUCAACCGUCCAUCAGCGAACGAGUCGAAUGAAUAUCGAGAGCCAGUAGAUCGUGUGGAGGUUAUUAAACUACCAGUACACUCGACAAAUGGAUCAGUUCCAUCAGCACCUCCUUUGUACACUACCAGCAACAUGAACCAUUCUAGCGACACUGAUGCUCCAUUAAACCUCUCUCUAAAACCAGCAUCUACUAGCAGCAGCCCACUGAUAUCGGGUAAUCAGCCUCUUAGUCAGUUGAGUAAUCUCAGUCAAUCGUUACUAGCAUCUGAUCGCACAUCUCGAAGAAAACCCGGGCCAAAACCCCGCAGGGUACCACAAAAUUCAGUAUCUGUUUCGGCUUCAUCGAGCCCAUCGUUGGCUCAGAUUGUUAAUACAUCUGAUUCACCACAACGGCCAAGUAGCGGAAGUGAAGAAAAUGAAAGCACAAUUCAUCAUAAAGACGGAAGACCAAGAAAUCUAGGACGUGGGGUUUCAAAACCUAAAAAAAAUACAGUAGCAUCUCUAUUAGCACAAAGCCGAGCACUUGGUAUUAAGCCAACACCGGCAUUCGACCCCAACAUUCCAAUAUCACAUCAAGUAUCGCUAUUAAGAUCUAAUAUUCUUGCUGCUCAGCUUCAUGCAUCUGCUGCUUUACAGUGUGAUGACAAAAAUCAACGUUCAUUGCAGGAAAAAAUGAAAAAUAAAUUCUUAGAGGUAUCAGGGGAAGAAAGUAACAUGGAUGUUACAAGUGAAAGUGGAAGUAAUACGGAUGUUCUUACUGAUACGGAUGAUGACAAUCCUGAAGGUACUAGCGCAAAAAGACGGAAGUUAAAUCCUAGUGAUAAAGAUCUACAGAUUCCUUUGGAACGUGGGUGGAAAAGAGAAACAAUAAUCAAAGGUCUAGGAAAAACUGGAAUUAUUAAGGGUGAUGUUUUGUACUAUAGUCCCUGUGGUAGAAGAUUUUUAAACAGUACUGAUUUAAACAAAUUUCUCGAGCAGCAAAACUCACUAGAAAUAACAUCAGCAAAUUUUUCAUUCUCAUCUCGUCCUCUUGUGGGUGAAUUUCUCCAACCGACUAUGGGCUUAGCAGAAGCUGAAUACGUACGAUUAGGAGCACAAGAGGUAGCACGAAGAUUAGAAGAACUAAAAGCUGCCGGUGGAUUUCGAGAUUUACGAGUUAAUAAUCAAUAUGAACGCGACAAACUUGCCUACGCUAAAAAGCUUGCUAAGGAAGAAGCUCAGCGGCAUAAGGAACAAGCAAGGUUACUCAAAGAACAAGAAAAGUCUGAGCGACAGGAAGCCGUAAGAAGAGAGCGCGAGAUUAGAAAUCAACAAUUAUUAGAGGGUCGGAAGAGGUUAGCAUUCACAAUCAAGCAGAAGAUGAAGAUUAUUCAAGAAAUAGAGCGUGGAAAAAGCAAGAGCGACGUCGCCAGGGAAUUGGGGCUGGCUAGCAGCACAGUGGCAACUAUUUGGAAAAAUCGUGUGAGCAUUGCCGAAAGCUGGAGAAAUCGUGAUAUGUUACAAUCGGAUGAUUCAACAGAUGUUAUUGGGAAAAAAGCUAAUAUUAGCAAUAUUAUUAUGUCCCAAUCAAUUGGAUCAUUGGUGAUGCCUACUUCACCAAUUACAACUUCUCCAAUGAUAUCACCGUCGACUUUUACAAUUACACCUACUUCUAGCUCGGCUUGUAGCUCAGUCUCGACUUCUCCUAAGAUUAUUGCACAGCAUCAGGACACCCAGCAAGCUCAGACCCAAAUUAAUCAGGAAUUGCUGGAGGCGAGGAAAAAACGCCAAGAAGAAGUUGAAAAAAUUCGUUUAGAGGAACAACAACGAAAGCAACAGGAGCGUGAGCUUAAAAGACAGCAAGCAGUAAUGUUGAAGGAGCAGAUGUACAUGCAGGAGCUGAGCAAGCAACGAGAGAUGCUUUACACCGUCGAGCUGGAACGUGAACGAAGACGUCAACACAUGACCCUGAUCCGUGCGCUGGAGAACCGCCGUAGGAUGGAAGAGCGUGAGAAGAAGCGUUUAGAAGCGCGAGCGGAGCGAAUCGCUACCAAAGAAAAGCGCGCUGAGCAAAGAAAAAUGGAGUUAGAAUUAGUAGAACAAAUUCGCAAGCCAGUAGAAGACAUGGAACUAACCGAUCACCGCCCUCUACCGGAAUUAAAGCGAAUCCCCGGUUUAAAACUCUCAGGAGAAGCUUUCGCCGAGAUAGUAAUGGUCUUCGAAUUUUUACACAACUUCGGAGAGACCCUAGGCUUCGAUAUGGAAUCCUUGCCCAGCCUAAAAAGCCUCCAAUUGGCUCUAUUAAACGACGAAGAAGCCGAGGAAGAAAUCCUAUCGGUAAUGACUCAUUUGUUGGUCUGCGCAAUAGAAGAUCCUGGGAUUCCCCAACCAGCUCGACACACUACCGGUCUAGGUCAGAGUUUACGACAAGCUGACAUAACUCACGCAAAUAUAAGUGAAGUUUUACGAAUUUAUCUUUACGCUAACGCGACUGGAGAGGUUAAAGCCCUAACUGGAGUUUGUUUGGAGCGAGAACGCGAUAAGAGAUUCGCUGAUCAUCACCAAAAUGGCGGUGAUUUUCCUUCUACACCUUCCGGUAAAAAUGCUCAAUUUUACGAGCACCUGCAUAAUAAUGAAACUUGGAAAAUGUCUGAAAGACUGAGAGACAAACCAUUUUUAGCUUUAAAUCCAACUCAUAAAGCGCAAAUGCUUGGAUUUCUUUGUAAUGAAUUAUUGCAGAACAAAGCUGUGAUUAAACAAAUUGAAGGUAGCUUAGAAACUGUUGCGCAAUUGAAAAAAGAAAGGUUUGUUUUGGAUACUAAGAUAAGAAAAUUAAGACAAUUGCAUAGUCGGAAGGUUAGAAUGGAAGCUGUUGGGGUUAUUGUUAAUAAAACUGGAGAUAUGAUUACUAUUGAAAAGAAGGAAGGUAAUGAUGAAGAAAAUAAUACUUCUUCUUCUUCUUCUACAGUAACAGCGCCGUCUACAACAGCGCCAUCUGUUGGAACUGCGACAACAGCGCCAUCUGUUGGAACUGUGACUACAGCGCCAUCUGUUGGGGCUGUGACUACGGCGCCAUCUGUUGGAACAGCGACCACAGCGCUAUCUGUUGGAACGGCGACUACAGCGCCAUCUGUUGGAACUGCGACUCCAGCGCCAUCUGUUGAGACUUCUGUAGCAACUAAUGAAGAAAAUCAUGAAGAUGAGGUAGAAGAUAUGUCAGAAAAUGAAAGUGAAGGAACUCAACCUGAAGAAGAAGAAGAUAAAAAUUUAUCUGGAGAAGAAUUAGGGAAGAAAUUGGAUAAAUUAUUGAAACAAUCUGAAGAACAGUUGCAGAAGUUGAAUAGUUCUUCGAAGCAAUUAAGGGCUCAUGUUUUUGGACAGGAUAGAUAUUGGAGAAGAUAUUGGGAGUUACCGUGUGCUGGAGGGAUUUUUGUUGAAGCUAUGGAAAGUGCUGAACCUGAAAUUUUGGAUUUGCAAGCUGAGUUAGAUGAAAAAUGGAAGGAUAAAGAAGAGGAGAAAAAUGAUGACAAAAUGGAGGUUGAUAAAAUUGAAGAUAAAGAUUGUGAAGAUAAAAAUAUUAAGAGUGGAGAAAAUGAGGUUAAGAAAGAAGAUGAUGUUAAAAUUGAAGCUAUGGAAAAUUCUGAUGCUGAGGUUAAGAAUGAAAAAAGUGAGGUUAAAAAUGAAGAUGAUAAAACAAUUGUUAGUGAAGAAAUAAAACAAGAAAUUGUUGAAGAUAUUAAAGAAGAAAAAGAUAAAAUGGAAGAUCAAGAAAUUUCUAAAUUAAUUAAACAGGAUAAAUUAGAAAUGCCUAAUGGUGACAAAUUUAAUAAUAGUUUAUUAAACGGCAAAGAUCACAAUGGAAGUUUUAUAACAGUAGAAAAUGGAGAGAUGCCUUGGUUCUCAAUCUUACCUCGUGAAACUUGUGACAAGCCUGGGCCUAGUACAAAGCAAAUUUUUGGAAUAGCUGAGCCUACUGAAUUAAAAAUUCCAAUUUUCCCGCCACCAGCUAGCCCGGGUUAUGAAAGGUGUGAAAGUCCAGCUCCGUUGAUUCUAACUCAAGAUGAAGCGGCGCAGUUGGAGUACUUGAAGGUUCAUGGACUACCGCAGCCUGGAGAAGCUAAGCCGGUGCUUGAAGAUUUGAGAUAUGGCUGGUGGAGGAUUACUGAUGUUGAUACUUUUCAAGAACUGUUGGAGCAUUUGCACUCUCGUGGGGUCCGUGAGAAGGAAUUGAAGCGCACUACUUGGGCGACUAUGGAAUCUUUUCUUGCGGUUACGGGGAAGAUUUAUGUUGACCCGGGGAAUACUUCCGCGACUGAUUUGCACACUGAGGGGGAAGAUGAGAGUCAGGUGCCUAGGCCUGAUGAUCCUGGGGAGUGGAGUGAAUCCACUGCGUUGAGGGUUGAUGCGCAGUUACUGGAACAGGUGGAAGCGCUGGAGGAUAAGGUUGCGAAUGCUAGUAUGCAGGUCAAAGGGUGGAAGUUGCCGCCGAGGUCUGGCAGCGAGGAGGCUGAUGAAAUUGAAAAACUUAAUGAGAUGGAGAAGGUUACGGCGGUUGAGCAGGCCAGGCAGAGAUUGCUAUCGCUUGAAGCUGCUAUUGAGAGGCGAUAUUUGAAACCACCUUUAGGUGUUUGCACCGGUGACCCAAAUCUAGCGGCCCUAAAAGCAGAGCAAGCAGCAGCUGCGAAUGCAAAUUCAAAUUCAGCGGACAAUGCGUCAUCUCAUCCACCCCCGGAAGAAACAACACCUCGAGGAUUGAAUAAUUGGCGCGAGGCAACAGCACGAGCUCAUACAUCUGCUCAAUUGGCAAUGGCACUCUACAUGCUUGAAGCCAGCAUCGCUUGGGACAAAAGCAUCAUGAAGGCUGUGAGUUUAACACCAGCUAGAAACUCUGUCUCCAUAAAACUACGAAAUCGCUCCGUCUCACUCAAAGCUACAAAUCAAUACAAUCAACUAUUGACCACUUCUCAAAGCUCUAAUUGUCAAUUUUGUCAUAGUGGUGAUAAUGAAGAUCAAUUGUUGCUUUGUGAUGGGUGUGAUCGCGGCUAUCAUACUUACUGCUUCCGUCCGAAAAUGGAAAAUAUUCCUGAUGGUGAUUGGUAUUGUCACGAGUGUAUGAAUAAAGCAACCGGUGAAAGAAAUUGCUUAGUAUGUGGUAAAAGAAUUGGAAAAAAUUUAGUUCUCUGUGAACUUUGUCCAAGGGCUUAUCAUACUGACUGUCAUAAUCCUGUGAUGCCGAAGAUGCCAAGAGGAAAGUGGUAUUGUUCAAAUUGUCACAGUAAGCAACCUAAAAAGCGAAACAGCAGUCGUAGGAGUCAUACCAAAGGAGGAGGCACCGUCAAAGACAGUGAAAGUUCUGAUCAUCCACCCGCUAGUCCAACGCCUUCGACAGCGUCAAACACGAACGUAGAGGAUGCCAAAGAGGAAGCACCAACUUCAGCAGCUUCGUCGCCACGUAAGGAGACCGGUAACAACAGGCAUCUGACUAAGAAGCAGCAACGCGAGCUAGCGCCUUGUAAAAUUUUGCUUGAACAGUUGGAGCAACAGGACGAGGCUUGGCCGUUUCUACUACCUGUCAACACCAAACAAUUUCCAACUUAUAAAAAAAUCAUCAAGACUCCUAUGGACUUGAGUACUAUUAAGAAGAAACUUCAGGACUCUAAUUAUAAAUCUCGCGAUGAAUUCUGCGCUGAUGUUAGACAAAUGUUUACUAAUUGCGAAGUAUUCAAUGAAGAUGAUAGUCCAGUGGGAAAAGCCGGGCACGGUAUGCGAACUUUCUUUGAGAGUAGAUGGAUGGAAAUUACAGGUACACCUCCACCAGCACCAGUAGCAUCAUCGCAAACGCACAGCUGAGGAACGGGGAGAUCGCGUAACACGUGUAACAGUUUUGCGCAUUUUUAUUAUUAAUCACUUUUUUUUAUUUUAUACUCUAAAACUUUUUUUUUAUGUCACGUUUUA